UGUCAGUCAUGUCGGAGAUCGGCUCGAAUUUUUCGCUUUUUAGGCACUAGAAAAGUCGGCACGAAUGUCGAAUGUGUACUGGUUGAAAUUGUUUGUUGCCCUAUUUUGUUAGCGGCAAUCAAACAUAAAUUUUUAAAUAGUUGACUUUAUAGUUCAUAAUAAUUUUUGUCAUUCUUGCAAAUCCGCUGCAUAGUCAAUUUUCAGUCGUGUGCUAAAUUGUGCUCAGUAAUUACAAGUGACCGUUUCGCUCUUAUAGUUUUAUUUGUGUGCCUUUAGUAUAAUGUGAACUUUCUUGGACCUGUCAUUUUUACGUAUUGUUUGUUAUCAUCAACUAUUUUAAACCUGUAAACAGAUAAGUGUUAAUUCCGAAUUUCUGUUCGUACUUCUUUUUGUAUAGUUAUAUUGUUGCCUAUAACAUCAUACUGCUUUAUCGCGAGUAGAGUAUUUUUAGAAUCCCUGCAUUAUGUAUUGGAAGUUCUUGUCUUUGUAAACAUUAUAAUAUCGUGUAGAUUGUUACUCUUUUAUGUAUGUUAAUGUUUUGUUGACUGGUCUUCAUGGAUGCUUAUUUUGAAUGUGAUGCAAAUUAACAGUUCAUAUGAAGUUAAAACAAACAAUAGAGGUUCCCAUAAACUUAUGGUGGUAGCAGCACGGUGAAGGCGGCAUGGGGCACGGCGCGCGGGUCUUCGUACUCGCGGCGCUGGGCCUGUUGGCCGCGUCUCCGGUCCAAGCACUCAACAAGAAGUACAACCUCACCAUCGGAUACUUACCAUCGAUCAAGGGCGAACUGCGGGACCGCCAAGGGCUUGCCAUCUCAGGGGCCCUGUCUUUGGCCCUUGAAGAGAUCAACAACAGUACAGAGCUAUUGCCCGAUGUGAACCUGGUGCUGACCUGGAAUGACACCAAGGGUGACACGGUGAGGGCCACCUGGCUGCUCACCGAGAUGAGCUGCUCGGACGUCGUGGCUUUCUUCGGUCCCGAGGGACGCUGUCACACCGAAGCGAUCAUAGCACAGUCGAGGAACCUGCCGAUGAUCACAUAUAAAUGUUCCGACUAUCAAACAUCGACAUUAGCGAAUUUUGCGAGACUGGAACCACCGGAUACUCAGGCUACAAAAUCUGUUAUAUCGCUCCUGCGCUACUACAGAUGGAAUAAGUUCUCCAUUUUGUACGAGGAGUCAUGGGUGACAGUGGCUCUGACGUUGGAGAAUCACGCGAAAAAGAACAACAUGACUGUGAACCACCAGCGUCCGGUGAUCGACGCGUACAAGUGCUGCGAGGAGAAGAUGGCUUGCUGUGCGCCAGGAUUCUGGUACCAGUUCAUACAGGACACAAAGAAUAGGACUAGAAUUUACGUAUUCUUGGGUACAACUGGCGGCCUGAUAGAAAUGAUGACGGCGAUGGAGUCGCUGCAGUUAUUUGUGAAAGGAGAAUAUAUGGUUAUAUUUGUGGAUAUGAUGACUUACUCCACUAAAGAGUCUUUGAAAUAUUUAAUGAAGUUGGAAGACCGCGGUUCGGGAUACGUCUGUCCAAACAACACUCCGGAGUUCAGGAAGAGGGCGCAGUCUCUACUAGUCGUUGUGUCAUCGGAGCCAGAGAGAAGCUAUGAGAAUUUUACCAGCAAAGUACAAAUGUACAACAACAAGGAACCAUUUGGAUUCCACUAUCCUGCUGUUUUUGAACAUAAGUUCAAGAAUGUGUUUGUCUCGAUAUACGCGGCAUAUUUGUACGACUCAGUUAAGUUGUACGCGACGGCACUGCACAAGUUGAUAGAGGAAGAGACGACAUUUAAGAACGAAACUCUUACGUGGGGAAAGCUGAGGAGUAUCGCUACGAACGGCUCCAAGAUUGUGUCCACUAUGAUUCGCAUCACCCCUUUUAAGAGUGUGUCUGGUAUGUCAAUACGUCUGGACGAGCGUGCUGACUCCGAGGGUAACUUCUCCGUGCUCGCAUUCAAGCCGGUCAACUCAAGUGAGGCUGUCAUCAAUUGCAGCCACAGCAUGAUACCCGUCGGACACUUCCAGCAGUGCGGCAGGGAAUUUCCCGAGUACAAACUAAAUCCACGUCUACCGAUAGAUUGGCCAGACAGUGUGAAGCCGGAAGAUGAGCCAUCAUGUGGAUUCCUUAAUGAAAAGUGUCCGAAAGACGAUUCUCAAAUAACGUCGUUGGUUGUCGCCGGGACGUUAGCUGUCACUCUUUUCUGCGCGCUCGUCGUCACCAUCAGCAUUUAUCGGAAAUGGAAGAUCGAGCAAGAGAUCGAAGGUCUCUUGUGGAAGAUUGAUCCACAUGAAAUCGAUGGUUAUAUGAGCAGCGGCCUCGUAUGGUCGCCUAGUAAGUUAAGUUUAGCGAGUGGUAUGUCAUGCGAGAGUAAAUGCUGCACCCAGAUAUUUACCCCGACCGCAAAGUAUCGGGGCAACGUCGUCAGAUUAAAAGAGCUGAAGUUUUCUAAAAAGAAAGAUAUAUCCCGCGAAGUGAUGAAGGAGAUGCGUCUAUUGCGCGAACUACGUCACGACAACCUGAAUUCGUUCAUUGGCGCGGUGGUCGAGCCGCUGCGGGUGCUUAUUAUCACCGACUACUGCGCCAAGGGGAGCUUGUAUGAUAUAAUAGAGAAUGAAGAUAUAAAGUUAGAUAAGAUGUUUAUAUCGUCGUUGGUACAUGAUCUCAUUAAGGGUAUGAUAUUUAUACACACCUCACCGUUGAUCUUCCAUGGUAAUCUCAAAUCCUCGAAUUGUGUUGUGACGUCCAGGUGGAUGCUUCAGGUGACCGAUUUUGGUUUGCAUGAGUUAAGAUAUAGUGCCGAGAGUGACUUCAUUGGUGAACACCAAUACUACAGAGGCUUAUUAUGGAAGUCACCGGAACUUUUGCGUCAGUUGGAUGACCCAAAUGGCACAGUGGGGGGAACGCAGAAGGGAGAUGUUUACGCUUUUGGUAUUAUAUUAUACGAAAUUAUAGCUCGCAGAGGACCGUUUGGGUUAACUUCAUUGGAACCUAAAGAGAUAGUGGAGCGGGUGAAGCGAGGUCGGACAGAGAACGAAGAGAUCUUCCGGCCGGAUACCAGCGCGCUGGUGGAGCAGACCGAAGAUUAUUUGGUGUCGUGUAUGGCCGAGUGCUGGGCCGAGGAACCGGCGAGCAGACCAGACUUCCCCACCAUAAGGAGCAAGCUGAAGAAGUUGAAGUCGGGAAAGUCCAGAAAUAUAAUGGAUCAAAUGAUGGAUAUGAUGGAGAAGUACGCUAACAAUUUAGAAGAACUAGUCAAUGAGAGAACGAGGCUGCUGAUAGAAGAGAAGCAGAAGACAGAAGACUUGUUGCACCGAAUGCUACCAAAGUCCGUGGCCCGGCGUCUGACGACAGGCGAGGGCGUGGAACCGGAGUCCUUCGACUCUGUGACGAUUUACUUCAGUGAUAUCGUAGGUUUCACCGCGAUGUCCGCCGAGAGCACGCCCCUACAAGUGGUGAACUUCCUUAACGACCUGUACACGGUGUUCGACAGGAUCAUCAGAGGCUACGAUGUGUACAAAGUGGAGACGAUCGGUGACGCCUAUAUGGUGGUGUCCGGCCUUCCAAUAAGGAACAGCGACAGGCACGUGGGUGAGAUAGCAUCCAUGGCGUUAGAACUGCUGAAUGCUGUUAAGAGUCAUAAAAUAUCGCACAGGCCUAACGAAAUACUUAAACUUCGCAUUGGCAUCCAUACAGGUGCCGUAGUGGCAGGAGUUGUCGGUCUAACAAUGCCGCGCUACUGCCUGUUCGGCGACACCGUGAACACGGCAUCUCGAAUGGAAUCGAACGGAGAACCCUUGCGCAUUCACAUAUCGCCUAGCUGCAAGCAAGCGCUCGAUAAAAUUGGCGGAUACAUUGUCGAGCCCCGGGGCUCCAUACCCAUCAAGGGCAAGGGUGUGCUACAAACGUACUGGUUGGUGGGUGCGACAGAGAAAGCGAUACAGAAGAGGCCUGUGGAGGGAGAGGAGAGACCGUUGUUUUGCAGACCACGCCGUAGUCCCCGUUUGACUGACUCCAGACAUCCAUCUAUAUCGGAGCUGCGUGAGGGCGGCCGCAUGAGACAGAGGCUCCACAGCGGCACGUCGCUGCCGCCCGGGGCAAGGCGGCUCGAGCGGGACUCGCAUCGGAACAGAUUUGCAUUGAGUUCGAUCGCGUCGUCGACUGCGUGCGAGGAGCUGUGCGGCCAGGCGGGCCUGCGCGGCGCCCGCUCGCUGGACGCGCUGGGCCGCUGGCCUCGCCCGCGGCCGCCCACGUGGCGCUCGCUGCCCGACCAGCGCGAGGCCGUGGCCACCGUGUGCGGGCCGCUCGACAACGGCCGGCCGCCCGAGCACCAGCCGCUGCUGCGCAAGGCCAGCCUCACCAACCGCUUCGCCCGCCGCCGGCUCGACUCCGACUACAUCGAGUUCUACAAGAAGUGGCGCAGCCUCGAGAACGUGGCGGACGACAAGGAGCGCGGCAAACUGCCCCGCUUCGCCAUCCGCUCGUGGCUCAUCGGAAUAUUUGGAACUCGCAGCAGCGAUUCCUCGCUGCGUCGCGCUCCGCCGUUGCUGGAUAGAGAGUCCGCUGUCUGAGGAUCGUGAACCGUUGACUUGGUGCGUCGCUUUAACGUCCUAAACCUUAAGGGCUAUAUUUCACCGGGACGCAAUGGUGGCGCAACCGGGAGGUACUUACCUGGUGUCCGUUUGAUUGCGCAACCAGUUCCGAGUCGUCAUGACAAUUUGGUAGCUUCCGGACACCACGGUGGUGGGACUGGUUGCACCACCUUGGUGUCCCGAUGAAAAAUAGCCCUAAUAGUACUGUACUGUAAAGUUUAAAUUGAUGUAAACAUUUAUUUUAUAGCUAUUAUGAAUUAUUUUAUAUGUGCUAUAGCAUAAUAAAGACAUUAUCUAUACUUAAACGGAACACCCAAGUAUCGUUAUUCGAUAAUCGCCCGAACCGAUCAUGUCUUGCUAUAUGACUAGUCUUAUUACUCGCACUCAUUCCCUUCGAGUAUAUCCGGUAACGCUUUUCAGAGUCUUUUUAUUGUAUAUUUUUAUAGUAUAAUAUUUAUAUACAAUUACCGGUUCGUGUUGAGUAGAGUCAACACUAGUAGAAUGUUAUUAGGCCGUUUAGACAUACGUGAGACAUUGUAAAUUUUCUAUUAUAUUAUAAGUAAUUUUAAUAAAGUCUUAUUUUAUACAAGUUAUUGAGCCAUUACGCAUAUUCUGUACUAUUGAUGUCAGACAACUAUGUAUUUAAUACAAUAAUAUAUAUUACAAAAUAUACAUGACUUGGAAAAAUCAUUGAUAUUCAUAAUAGAAAUAUAAGCUAUCUAUCAGAAGUCAGGGUCACAAUAAUAUCAUUAUAUGAGUAUUUCCGAUAAAGAACACCAAUUUGUGCCUUCAAAUGUAGUUAUAAAGUUUCAGGAUACUUAUACUAUGCGGAGACCAAAUAUGAAACCAGCCAUCAUAGCGUGCCCAUGGUUUAGUACUGUCUAAUAGUGAUUGUGUUGUGAUGCGUGUAGUAACUAGUGAACUUCACCAGUUGAAUUCCUAAAUCUGAUUAUUUUAAACCUGGCUACUUUAUAUUAAAUGAUUAUUUAGUGUGAAGAAAUCUCAAUCCUACUUUAUGUAGUUAUACAGACACUGGUCUAUAUCUGUUUUGGUGCCCUUUGUGAAUUUAUUUUUUGUUAAAUUUUAUGUCAUAUGUCUUAGAUCGUUAAUACAACUAGAAAGGCUAUGACAGCUGUGAAAACGACGUCGAAAAAAGUUGAGUUUAGAAGUUAAGCUCUAUUUUGAGCAAUGCACACACACUAACACAAAGUCUCAUACAAAUCGCGAGUGUAAUACGUAGCUUGUCACGCACACUAAACGAUUUUUUCUGGCCUGUUUUUAUCGGUUGUCUAACAGCAGGACUAGAGGUAUAAAUUAUCUAAGGGAUAUGUCAUAUAUCUGCAGCUAUUGAAAUUCUUAUUUGAAGUAAUGCUUAGGCGCUGCGCCGACAGUUAUCUGGGACUCUUCAUAAGAAAUGCCUUUGCAAGAACGCUCCCUACAUAAAAUACUGUAUCAAUAAUGGAUGAUCAUCGAUAAUAUUAUUUAUUAAAUAAUACUUAUAUGCAGUUAUAGGUCUCAUAUAAUAUAAACCCGCGCGUUAAAACAGUGACGAAACUCUGAUAUUAUAAAGACGUUGUGACGUAGGCAGUCGUUGCUAUGCAAACGGUACUUUCAUUGGUUGUUUUUAAGUGUGCCGGGCGUCACUAUGGCGUCACGAAGAUGGCCGCCUGUAGUAACCAUCAAUCAGAAAUUAUAAAACAGUGCACUGCAAUAUAUUCAGUUAGUAUAGGAAUAUAAAAUCGUAGUAAUAUUGAAUACUGCUAUUAGUUUUCAGGUAGGUCCUUGCCGCUCGCUGAGUUAUAUAAGUGUUAGUUAUAUUCUCUAUUGUAACCGGUACAAGCUUGGCGCCGAGGUGUCUGUAGAUAUAAAGCAUUAUUGAAUGUAUAUUAGAUAUUAUAUUAUGUAUAUGAAACGCUAUUGUAAAUAAUAUGUGUAAGUAAAACGAUGUUACCGAGAAUUGUGAAAUAAGAGUUUAAUGUUAUUAAAUAAUUUCUAUUGAA